AUAUCACGUCAAACCUUUAAUAUCUCUCAACCUCUAAACUGGUGAGCCCAACCGCGAACUUCAUCCACGAAAAAUCCGCAGAUAACCCCGGUGAGUUCGUUCCAUUUUGUAUUUGUUCUUGUACCAUAUAUUAUUCGAUAUAAUUUUCGUCAUGAGUGAUCUUAGUCCCAAGGUCAUCCGUAUCCGCUCAACUCCUAAAACCAUUCAGCUCGUACCAUACUGGCCAGAUAAUGCUGAAACGUGGUUUCUGCUAGCUGAAGCAGAUUUUUGUGAGCAUGGGAUAACUGAUCAACGUUCACAGUUACUUGCAGUUAUUCACGCCCUACCGCGGGAAUUCAGCAAGUACGUAACAUCACAGAUGUUGAGUCCCGAGGUGCGACGGGCACUGGACGGGAAACAAACGAAGCACGGAAUCCAACGAACAACACCAGGAAGCUAUGUACAAACACCCUAUUAGCAUAGGCAGACAAACCAGUAGGCAUAAGACCAAGCCGCUCGGAAGAUUUUUUUCACCCGAAAGGGAACCAUCGAGUUUUUUUUACUUCCGGCUGGUUCUGUCUUAGGGUCCUCACGACCCCACU